AAGGUGCCACAGGAUUCUUUGCUGCUUUUUUUCCUACGAUUGUCAGUGGGAACACGGUAGUUGUCGAUGGUGUCGUCAUUGUUGUGAAGGAAUUCUUGGAGGCAGAGGUAGAAAAAGAUUUCUUCUAGCUCUGCACAUGUUCGUAUGGUAUCAGGUUCUGUGAUGGGGCAGACGUUCAGUCCCUUGCAGAGGACAGAGAAUUCAGCUCUGGUUAGGGGUAGUCCUGAUAAACUCAUGAUGUUGGUGUGUCAUGGAGUGCCAUGGAGUUUCCUGGGGUGGUUUUGUGUGAGUUGUGAAGUUUGUUAUAGUUGGUUCCACUUGUUGUUGUUGUGUUGUGUUGUGUUGUGUUGGAUGGCUGUUGUCAGGUUUUUUGUCUAGAUUGUGCAGUUGGCUUAAAGUGACAGUUCCCCAGUUGUGCCACCAGAUGGUGCUAAAAAGCUACAAAUGCACAUUACUGUGCCAAAGUCCUCAAAUAAGGUGACUCUAAGCGGAGCUUGGUCCCUGCCAUGACCCAGGGGGAAGGGGGAGGGUGGCACAGCCCCAGAAGCCAGGGGCUUGGACAGGUGAGGCUGUGUCCAUUCUAGCCUGAAAUAUGGCAGCGACGUCAGCAGGUAGCGUGUGGGGCGGUAGCUUUGCUGAGCGAUAUGAUCCCAGGGAGGUGGUUGCUGUCAGGUUCAAAUACAGGGUCAGGCUGGUGGGGAGAUGCACUUGGCUAAGAGGCUGUUGCAAUACACUAGCGAGGUGUCUGGGACCCUGUCCCCAUCUAGCAGCUGGGUCCAGUGACUAUACGUCCUGCUACGGACUCCCAGCUAAUGGAGUUACUCUCCUAGGCCAAGAGGUAGCAGCCUGUGAUCUGGCUGGUGUCUGUGCCUGGGUUAGUUACGCUGUGUACGGACUAUGGACACACCCUGGGGAGCAGACUCCUCUCCGCCAGGAGGCAGAUGGCAUCUAUUCCUUGUUUCUCUUGGGGGGAUUCCUGGGUCCUUGGAGCUAAAAGCAGCUCCCCUCUGCCCCCUUCUGCUCUCCCCUGAUUCAGGCGGGUGGCUGCAGCGUUGAGGGAACGCCGGCCAGCCUCCAUGAAUGCCACCCCUAAAGCAGCCAGGCAGAUUGUUGCUGAGCAAACUGCUGUCGUUCCCCUUGCUUGCCAGGGGCUGAGGGCUCCGUCCAUGCAGCAUCACUGCCAGGAGCAAAGGAGUCGAGGCUGCGCUUUCCGGGCAGGAUAGCAGCAUGCUAGCUGUAGGGUCAGCAGGCUGGCCUGCUUUCAAAGCCAAGUGAAACUUACUAAUAAGCUCCAUGUGAGUUCUCAAUCCUGGGACGCAUCAGACCCAUGAAACUGUCUGUUUCUGGGCUCAGGAAAUACCAUCUGGCCGUCUUCCAACCCUCCGGGCUGGCUGUGCCUCUCUAAUCUGUUAGCAUCAACUGAUAAUUUUUCCUGCAUUAACCGCAUAUUGCAUUAAUGGUGAAUUAGUCACAGCGAGAGAGAUUAGGAGCUGUAAUUAGUGCUAAAGAAGGUGUAUCGGCCUGCUCUGUACAUUCACAAUCCUGCGCCUUCAGCCUUGGGCUGUUUGUGGCUGCUGCAGAAUUGCCCCUUUCUGCUGUGAGGAGCAGGGAUGGGUGGCCUCAUUCUCAACGAGGCUGAGUGCCCAGAGGACCCACUGAUUUCAGUGGGAGACGCAGGUGCUCAGCACAUCUGAAAAUCCGGCCUCUUGUUAGUUCCCACUGAUGGAAAGAAGACCCAGGGGAGGGGACGGCUGCAUGGCCGGAACAUCAGAGGCCCAGUUCUCUUCACAACCCCAGAGGAUACUGGAAACACCUUGUGACUCCACUUUUCCUGGAUGAUGCCAAAGUGAAGAACUUCAUCACCUGCUUUAAAGCUGGUUUAAAAUGGCCCUGCUUGUCUCGUCGCUCCUCCUGCUGGCGCUUAGGGCCAAUGGCUGCCCUGCCACUUGCCGCUGCUACAGCAUGACUGUGGAGUGCGGCUCCCUGGGCCUCAAGGAGAUCCCGGCCAGCAUCCACCCCUCCACCCAGACCGUCUUCCUGCAGGAUAACAGCAUCACGCAGAUCCACCAGCAGGACCUGGUGGCGCUGCGGGGCCUGCAGUACCUCUACAUGCAGAACAACACCAUCUCGGCACUGGAGCCGGGCGCCUUCCGCAGCCAGCAGCACCUGUUGGAGCUAGCCCUCAAUGGCAACCGCAUCCAUCUCCUCGACAGCAGCAUCUUCAAGGGCCUGGAGCACCUGCGUGUCCUCUACCUGGCUGGCAACCAGAUCACCAAGCUGCUGGACUUCACCUUCUGCGCCCUGCAGAGGCUGCAGGAGCUGCACCUGCAGGAGAACAGCAUCGAGAGGCUGGAGGAGCAGGCGCUGGCGGGGCUCUCCUCCCUCGCCCUGCUCGACCUCAGCAAAAACAACCUGCGCACCAUCAGCCGUGCCGCCCUGCGCCCCCUCAUCAGCCUGCAGGUGCUGAGGCUGACAGAAAACCCCUGGCGAUGUGACUGCGCCCUGCACUGGCUUGGCGUCUGGAUCAAGGAGGAAGGGCAGCGUCUCCUCAGCUCACUGGACAAGAAGAUUGUGUGCUCAGAGCCUCCCCGCUUGGCCUACCAGAGCCUGCUGGACGUCUCUGGGAACAGCCUGAUCUGCAUCCCACCUGUAGUGCAGGUGGAACCCCUGGAGGUGACGGCCCACCUCGGGGAAGACCUGCGGGUCUCCUGCCAGGCCUCCGGCUACCCGCAGCCGCUGGUGAGCUGGCGGAAGGUGGCCCACGUGCGGGCAGGGCCUGUCACAGCGAGCGCCAAGCCGCUGGGCAGAAGGGCGGAGCUGCGCGAGCGCGGCGGCAGGGAGCGCUUCGACUCGGACACGGGGAGCGGGAUGCUCUUCCUCAACAACAUCACGGUGGCCCACGCCGGCAAGUAUGCGUGCGAGGCCUCCAACCCGGGCGGCACGGCCCGCGUGCUCUUCCACCUCAUGGUCAACCUCUCCCAGCAGCAGCCACCGCCGCUGCCGCCGCUCUCCUACCCAGCCUCCGUGGACGUCAGCCAGGAGCCCCUCUACGACAUGGAGAGCAUGGACUUCAACGCCCUGAGCAUGGCCACGCAGACGGCCAUCGCCGUGGGGAUCUCGCUGCUGGCCCUCGUCGCCCUGCUCCUCAUCGUCAUGAUCUACAGGAAGCACCGCAAGCGGAAAAAGGCCAAGAAGGAGGAGAACAUCCUCUAUGUCAACGACUACUCGGACGGGCCCACCACGUUCGCCCAGCUGGAGGAGUACCGUGAUGAGCGGGGCCAUGAGAUGUUCGUCAUCGACCGCACCAAGCCGCUCUUCGCCACCUACAAGGACCCCGAGGGGCUGGCCGGGGCCUUCCCGGGGCUUCCAGAGCCACUGCAGGACCAGGCCACACAGACCCUGGAGGGGGAGGAGGAGGGUGAGCGGGAGGCCAGCGAACUGUUUGUCAAUCAGGGACUCGCGUUCCAGCCGCAGAUCGCCUACGAGAUCCAUUGCUGAGGCACCGUGGGGAGAUGGGGAGUGUUAGGGCAGGGCAAUGGGACAGACCCCCCCGUCCCCACUCCAGUGUGCCUGUGACCCCUGACCAUUCUCCUGCAUCUCUGUAGCUGGGAUAGCCUUUGCCCCGCUGUGAUUUAGGGCGAGUAGGGAGGGAACUGGGUCUGCCCUGGGGGAGGCUGCCUGGGCAUCACCAGCACCGGGGAUGGCUGGUUCCCAGGGAUGGGGGGGUUCGACAGGCCGUCUGCUCAGCCAGAUGGCUGCACUGUGGGGUGACCCCCAUUUGCUCCCGGACUCCCCUGCACGGCUAGAGACACUGUGAAGCCACCCAGUGCCCCCAAGGCAUCGCCAGCCUGGCCAAGGGAGGGAAAUGUCUCCCGGAGCUGAAAGAAUCGCGGGGGGAGGGGGUGUUUUUUAACAAAAGAAAUAAAAUUGCGUCACUGU